AUGGCUAUUCUUGAGAGACUCCCUACGCGUGAGAGGUUGUUGAGGAUGGGAAUCCAGGUGGAUAGCGGGCUGUGCGUCAUCUGUGGUAGGGAGAUGGAGAAGAGGAACCAUUUAUUUCUUGGUUGUGUAUAUGCAAAGCACCUAUGGGGGAGUAUUCGGUCUCUUUGUAGUCUUUCUCGGAAUGUUGGAAGCUGGGGACAAGAACUUGAUUGGGCUUUGUCGCAUCUAAAGGGGAAGUCUCUCAUUGUUUUGAUUCUUAAACUUGCUUGGAGCUGCUUUGUGUAUAGUGUGUGGGAAGAAAGGAACUUUAGGCUCUUUCGAGGUAAAGGGAGGUUACUGAAGUGGUUCAGAUACGCCUUAGAGGAAGAAAUAUUAGCAAGGUGGAUGCUGUAA